AUGGAUGAACAUGAAACCCCUCUUUUGUCACACAAGGAGAAGGAGGAGUCAUCACCACAAGCAUCAGUUGUGCUGAAAUGGGUUUUGAAGGUGGUAAUGUCAGUGAUUUUCGUUGGUUGGGCUGUUUUCCUUUUCAUGUAUCCAGGAAAACUCGGCGAUGGAUUGCUAACCAAAUGGAGAGCAGCCUCCUCCAACACUCUCUUCGGCGUCACAGGAAGCAUGUUCUUAAUUUUCAGCGGUCCGAUUCUUAUCAUCUCCGUCUUAGCUUCUCUCUAUCUCAUCAUCUCCGGGGAAGACGACAAGGUCUUCAUCAAUAGGUGGAAGAAGAUAUCGAAAUUCCCAAGAUUUAGGCUAUGGACGUUUCCUCUUCUUGUGGAUGGACCCUUUGGAGUUGUUUCUGCCGCUGAGUUCCUUGGAAUUGUCAUCUUCUCUGUCUUCUUCCUUUGGGCUAUCUAUGCUUAUACCUUGAGGAAUCUUGACCUUCUUUCUCUCUUCCAUGUGCUUCCCAAGGAUACAAGUAUUCUUCUCCUGGAGGUUACGGGUCUGCGUUUUGGGAUGAUUGGAUUGUUGUGUAUGGUGUUCCUGUUUCUCCCUGUCUCCAGAGGCUCCGUUCUCCUCCGUCUUAUAGAUGUCCCUUUCGAACAUGCUACUAGGUAUCAUGUUUGGCUUGGUCAUAUCACCAUGGCUUUCUUCUCCUUACAUGGCCUUUGUUAUGUGGUUGGAUGGACCAUUCAAGGCCGGCUCUUAGAUCUUAUAUUUGAGUGGAAAGCUAUUGGAAUCGCCGUCUUACCUGGAGUCAUCAGUCUUGUCGCUGGUUUACUGAUGUGGGUUACCUCGCUUUACCCGGUGAGAAAGCAUUACUUUGAGCUCUUCUUCUACACCCAUCAACUGUACGUUGUCUUUGUUGUCUUCUUGGCACUUCACGUUGGUGACUUCAUAUUCAGCAUAGUCGCUGGAGGAAUAUUCCUUUUCAUUCUUGACCGUUUCUUGAGGUUCUGCCAAUCCAGAAGGACUGUACAUGUAAUCUCUGCAAAGAGUUUACCCUGUGGAACUCUAGAACUCGUCCUUUCAAAACCACCGAAUUUGCGGUACAACGCACUGAGUUUUGUCUUUCUCCAAGUGAGGGAACUAUCAUGGCUACAAUGGCAUCCUUUUAGUGUUUCAUCAAGUCCUCUAGAUGGGAAGCAUCAUGUUGCGGUUCUUAUAAAGGUUCUUGGUGGAUGGACUGCAAAGCUUAGGGACCAAUUGUCAAAGCUAUAUGAGGCAGAGAAUCAAAAUCAGCUCCUUUCUCCUCAGUCAUAUCCCAAAAUCACAGCUUGUGUGGAGGGUCCUUAUGGCCACGAAUCUCCAUACCACUUGGCGUACGAGAACCUGGUCUUAAUAGCAGGAGGAAUCGGGAUUUCGCCUUUUUUCGCCAUAUUAAGUGAUAUCCUACACCGUAAAAGAGAUGGGAAAGCUUGUUUACCAAAUAAGGUUUUAGUUAUCUGGGCAAUUAAAAACUCAGACGAGCUCUCUCUUCUCUCAGCUAUUGACAUACCUUCCAUUUGCCCUUUAUUCUCUCACAAACUCAACCUUGAGAUUAACAUAUACGUCACUAGACAAUCCGAGCCUCUCUUGGAAGAUGGGAUGGUUCACAAGAUCGUGAAUCCUUCUGUCAAACCACAGACCAACGGGUGUCCCAUGUCCGUUCUAGUUGGUACCGGGGAUAAUAUAUGGUCUGGACUCUAUCUGAUUUCAUCCACCAUUGGAUUUAUUUCAAUGCUCACAUUGUUGGACAUCUUUUACAUAAACAAAUUCAACAUAACGGCGUGGUGGUACAAGGGACUUCUAUUUGUUAUUUGUAUGGUUGCAAGUGUGUUGAUUUUUGGAGGUCCUGUGGUUGUUUUCUGGCAUCUUUGGGGUCACAAAACCGGUAAAGUGGAACCAGAUGGCCACGAGAAGGUAGGUUUGAACGGAGAAGAACCACGGAAUCAAUCUGCGGAGGAUAAAAGCCUUGACAUAGAAGAAGAUGACCAGAGUUUCAUCACUACUCGUUAUGGCACCAGACCAGACUUUAAAGAGAUAUUUGAGUCGUUGAAUGGGAAAUGGGGAAGUGUGGAUGUUGGAGUUAUAUUAUGUGGCCCCGCGAGUCUUCAGACGAGCGUUGCCAAAGAAAUACGGUCACAUAGCAUAUGGCGAUCCGCGAAUCAUCCUCUUUUCCACUUCAAUAGCCACAGUUUCGAUCUGUAA